UUUCACGGGGUUCUAAAUUCCAAGUGGCAUGCAAAAUCCAUCAAACUCGCCGUGACAUCAUCAUCCAUUUAUAAAGCAACGCAAAUAUCUACCGCUUAUUCUCGUGUCUGAUGAGUUCUCGUGAUCGGGAGAGACAAGAUAGUGAAAUAUCACGGUCUUUUUUUUCAGCCACUUAAAAAACUAGCUCAGAUUCCAAAAUGACUCUGCAAAUCCUAUUUUUACACUCGAGUUGACCUCAAAACAUCGAAAAGUCUCGGCCUUUCUUAACGGGAAUAUCCAAAGCACUGAUAUUUGUCGCUAGUGAGCAGAACAAUGCCGUUUGUGAAUUUUAGUUCAAAAGACCGAAGACCCUUUUGGCCUUGUUCGAGCUUGUCUAGGAUGAGUGGAUGGAGACUUUGCAUUUAUAUAAUGCUGGCAAUACUAGUUUUUCUUGAUCUUUACUAUUAUAUAUGAUGGGCAUUAAGGUAUUGUUGAGUUCAUAAAUCAAGUAAGAAUAAUGAGACUCUGCUGGAUUUGAAUGUUUUUCAGCAGCAAUGAUGAUGUUAAAUGUUUGCAAGGAGAUAUUUAGUGAGAUAGUAAUAUUGGAUUGGGUUUUUUGCUUCAAUGGCAUCUAUUAGAAGAGCCUUGUCUCCAAUUCCUAGACCGGGAACUUUAUUAAAUGGGAAAGCCAUUUCAGUUGCUUCACCUUUAUCAAAGACCUCAUCUUGUACUCAGAAUCACCCUUCAGCUUCCAGUGGAUUCUUGUCUUCUCUGUUCAGUUCACUGGACCCUCAAGUUUCGAUUCUUGGUGUUUCCUCACCCAGACCUUCCAGACCCCUUGAGAGGUCAAAACCAAAGGGGCAAAUCUGGAGGAGGGCUGUUUUUCAUGGCUUGAUUUGUUUUGUGGUUGGGUUUUUUGGUGGACUCACUUCAUCUGUUUCUGUGAAUAUGUCAACGAAUCUUAAAUCAAAGCAACAUGCAUUCACCUUUGAGAUGGUUUCUGCAGUUGGAAAUUUUCAAACAUACGAUGGUCCAACAAAAAAUGCAGCACUGCUGAUAAAUAGUGAAAGUACCAAGAGUAAUGCAACGAUAGAAUCACAAGGGAAGGAACUGAGAUCAGUAUAUGUAUCUAAUGAUAACCCUGCUAAUCAAUCAAUUCCUCAAGAUUCAGCUUUGGUUUAUCGAAAGCUUUUGAUAAUUGUGACCCCCACAUACACUCGACCAUUUCAAGCUUAUUAUCUAAACCGUUUGGGACACGCAUUAUGGAUGGUCCAACCUCCUCUGUUGUGGAUAGUUGUGGAAAUGACCUCCCAAUCUGAGGAAACAGCUGACAUUCUAAGAAGAACUGGGGUUAUUUACAGGCAUCUUGUUUGCAAAAAAAAUCUAACUGAUGUGAGAGAUAGAAGAGUCUACCAAAGGAAUGUGGCACUAUCUCAUAUUGAAAAUCACCGUCUUGAUGGCAUUGUCUACUUUGCUGAUGAUGAUAAUGUAUAUUCUACUGAUCUUUUUGAGCAACUGAGAGAGAUCAGGCGUUUUGGAACAUGGGCAGUGGCCAAACUAACAGAAAACGGAGUCGAAGCUGUCUUGGAGGGGCCUAUUUGUAAUGGAACUCAAGUCAUCGGAUGGCAUCUAAAUGAACCAAGUAGGAGGUUUCGGAGAUUCCAUGCUGCAAUGCCAGGGUUUGCCUUCAAUAGCACUAUUCUCUGGGAUCCAAAGCAAUGGCACCUACCUACCUUUGAACCUAUUCGGCAGAUUGAUACAACUAACGAUGCGUUUCAAGCAAGUACAUUUAUUGAACAAAUUGUGGAAGAUGAAAGCCAAAUGGAGGGCUUGCUGGAGAACUGCUCCAGAAUCAUGGUUUGGCUUCCACCUUCUGAGUCAUCGAUCUCGUUCUAUCCUCAGAAAUGGUUCUUGAAGAACAAUCUUGAUGCCAUUGCCUCGCUUGCAUGAAGUUCUUGACGUGGAAGAAGUAAAUUUGAAUGGUGAAGAUGAUUUGUGGUCACAACUAAGCCCACGUUCAGGUUGAUGCCUGCUUGGAGUUCUCAUUAAUGUGCAGAGGGGCUGCUUUGCACACCCCUUUUUUCUUGUCUGGUACAAUUGCAGGGUUAUCCUUUUGAAAUGGGUUGCCUCUUUUAUUUAAAGAGGUGACGUUUUAUGUGGCCAAGUUGGAUAGGCUGUUCAACUGUAAGACAAGCAAAAGCAAUAAGCUUAUUUGUUUGGUGUUCUGUCUUUUU